UCUGCGUCUCCUACGUCAGCGGGCUUUAAACGGAGCAGCCACACUUUGAAAGUUUGGGACAGGCGGGGAGACUGCGACUGGGAAGCACGCCUUCAAAACCAACCAAACUUUUUCCUACUCUAUUUCAGUUUUUAAAAAACACCCAGUCAGUCAGUCUGUCUUUGUCCAGAUGACUGUGACUCAACACCGGCCGUUGACUUAUGCCAAAAUGAGAGGGCUCGCGUCAUAUCUCUCAGCUCUGCUCAAGGGAAAGAAAGUUGAAUUCAGUGAAUUCCUACACAAAUGUGUUUCCAGUCAGCAAUUCUGCCAACACCUGGACACCCAGAAAACCCUUCUGCGACAGAGCCGGCUGAGAAGAGAGAAGGAUGAGAGAGGCACAGUGAGCUCAGUGAACACAGAAACCUUACAGAUGAAACCGUCAGAUUUUGAUUACCUCAAAGUUAUCGGCAAAGGAAGCUUUGGAAAGGUGCUGCUCGCUAGACAUAAAAAACAUGGAGGCUACUAUGCUGUAAAAGUGCUGCAGAAACAGAUCAUUUUCAAAAGGAAAGAGCAGCGGCAUGUGAUGGUUGAGAGGAGCGUGCUGCUGAAGGGACUACAACAUCCAUUCCUGGUGGGGCUCCACUUCUCUUUUCAGACAAUAAACGUGCUUUACUUCGUCCUGGACUACGUUAAUGGCGGGGAGCUUUUCUACCACCUUCAGAGGGAGGGGUCAUUUCCUGAAACCAGGGCUCCUUUCUACGCUGCAGAGAUGGCCAUGGCCCUGGGCUACCUCCACUCUCUAGACAUUGUUUACAGAGACCUCAAACCAGAGAACAUCCUGCUGGACAGUGAGGGUCAUGUGAUGCUGACUGACUUUGGGCUUUGUAAAGAAGGCGUUGCCAUUGGUGGGAUUAUGCAUACAUUCUGUGGGACUCCGGAAUACCUCGCCCCAGAGGUGCUACAAGGCCACCCAUACAGUACAGCAGUGGACUGGUGGGGCCUCGGCACUGUACUGUUUGAGAUGCUGUAUGGACUGCCUCCAUUUUACAGCCGUAGCAAAGCAGAGAUGUUUGAGAACAUACUUCACGCCCCUCUGAAGCUGCGUAGUGGGGGGUCUCAAGAUUGUUGCUCACUCUUCGAGGGAUUGCUGGAAAGAGAUGUCUCCAAACGCUUAGGUGGGAGCCAUGACCUUGUUGAGCUGCAGGAACAUUCCUUCUUUGCAUCCAUCAACUGGGACGACCUCCUGGCCAAGAAAGUUAGACCUCCGUUCAUCCCAAAAGUGACUGGUCCCUGUGAUAUCCGCUACAUUGACCCAGAGUUCACGCUACAACCAGUCCCUACCUCUGUGAAUGAGCGGUGUCAGGGGGGCGGGACCAGCCAGGCCUUCCCGGGAUUCUCCUUCAUGAACCCAGUGGAGUAGGUGGCAGCAGAGCCGGUUUCAUAACACCAAUCCCUCUGGGAGCAUGUUUGUUCAAAUAUUUAUUUUUUUAUGUCACAAAUUAUUAAAUCAAAGUCUAUUUUUAAAAACUUA